CCCGUUCGGCCGCCUAUCGGAAGGAGGGGCGGAACCGCCCUAGCUUGGUGCGCGCGCAGCUUGACGGUCGUCGCUUGGUGGUCUCCAUCGCUCAUUUCUGGUUACCUGAAGGCGCUGCGGCAGCCUUUUAAACCCCAACCCUGGACCCUUCUAUGCAUCAGACGACCCCGAUAAGGGUACCUCGGACCUCGGGGCUCAGGAGGAUUGAUUCAGGACUUGGCCGAAAUUGCUAUGGGCCCUUCCGAUCGCCGCGUCUGUUUCCCAGGACUGAGCUGCCUGAUGACAGCAGUGAGGAGUCUUUGAAAGCUGACAUUCAGAAACUGAAGGAGAAACAGGACAUGCUGGACAAGGAGAUUUCCCAGUUAGUAAAAGAAGGCUACUGUGUGAUUGAACUGGAGGACCAUAUCGCUCUCCUCCAUGAAUACAAUGACAUCAAGGAUGUGGCACAGAUGCUUCUGGGAAAGCUGGAAUCUCAAGCACAGGGCCUACUUAGGAGCAAGUCUGAACAGGACUUAACCACCUGCAAGACUAGACUAAGGUCCCUGAUCUCCACGGCGUGCAGAGACCUUGAGAUAACAUGGAUACUUCUGAUGGCCGGCUUGCUUAAAUGGAGCAAGGGACCAGGGCAGCUCUUUAUGAUGUACAGUGGGAUUUAGCUCUUUCUCCAACUAAAUCUUGCUGACGAGCAGCCUGCCUGGCAUGUAAGUUGAGCUGGUUUGGGGUAAGAUACUGUGUAGGUAGCCUUAUCUAGCCCUGUCCACUGACCUAGAGUGGUGCACCUUGAUAUUCUGCAGCCAGUGAGGUAGGGUUUAGAGCGGUGUUGUUGCCCAGCUGAUGCCUGAGUUUUAGUGCUUGUUACAGAAAUCCCUGUUGGCAUCCAAGAUUCCAUAGACCAGAGGAACCUAGGUUCACAGCAGAGAGGAAUCAUGUCUCUAAGAAUGAGUCCUCCCGAGGGAGAAGAAAAUAGGACAGAAAUGAAAGUGUCUCAAAGAGCAGUGAUCACAGCUAAAGAGAGGAGGGGUCGCCAGAUGUGGUAGAGCACACCUGAAAUCCUGGAGGCUGAGGCAGGAGGAUCAUAAGGUGAAGACUAGCCUGAGUUCCAUGGUGAGACCUGAUCACAACAGCCAUAAAAGUGUUCUUGUUAGAAGUCAGAUGGAGACCUGUCACCCCUAGGUCCAAGGGCCUGGAGCCAGGGUCCUAUCACUUUUGUGGGUUUUUCCAGUGAAUAUUUACUGAGCAUCUACUGUGUACCAGGCACUCGAAGAUGCUGAUGGUGGUGAAACACGUGCCUUAGGUUUUAGUGUUUGGAGUGGGCAGAAUGACCAGUCAGUAGCUGAGCAGAAAUGCGGCCAUGUUAAGUUCUGUGAAGGAAACUGGGGAGAUGAAAGACUGAGGUCUGCAGAAGGUGGCAGCAGGGCGCAUGAUGAGGUGCUCAGAGGAGGCCUCUGAGGAGAGCUUACCUGUGGAGAAAGGGAGGCGGAGUCUCUUAGGCAGAGCAGCAAGAGUAGGGUCACACAGGCUGCAGGCCAUGCUGAAAUACUUGGUUGAUGUGGUGUAGACAGACCAAGCCCCCAGGGGCAAGGCUUGGAAAGAGAAACAGGAAGAUUGUCUUUGCCAUUUGGGUAAGGUAUGAAUCUGGGUCCCAGAGGUGGUGGUCUGGGCAGUUAGGACAGUAGCCUUAGUUUUUGGGUUUUGACCUUCUCCACUGGAUAGUAA